GGCGGGUGCUGCCCCCGCCAUGGUGGCCACCGAGGGGCUGCGCGAGAUGGAGGGCAGCGCGCUGAGGCGGCUUGUGGGCCGCGACGAAGCCGGGGCCGGCGGCGCCGCGCGUUGCCUGGUGCUGGACUGCCGGCCCUUCCUGGCGCACAGCGCCGGGCAUAUCCGCGGGGCGCUCAACGUGCGCUGCAACACCAUCGUGCGGCGGCGGGCCAAGGGAGCCGUGAGCCUGGAGCAGAUCCUGCCGGCCGAGGGCGAGGUGCGAGCGCGGCUGCGGGCCGGGCUCUAUGCCGCCGUCGUGGUGUAUGACGAGCGCAGCCCGCGCGCGGAGGCCCUGCGGGAGGACAGCACUGUGGCGCUCGUAGUGCGCGCGCUCCGUCGCGACACGGCGCGCGCCGACAUCCGUCUCCUGGCAGGGGGCUAUGAGCGCUUCUCUUUGGAGUACCCUGAAUUCUGUGCAAAAACCAAGUCCCUGAGCAAUGUGUCACCCCCCAUCAGCGUUGAGCCCCUGGAUUUGGGCUGCAGUUCCUGUGGGACCCCCUUUCAUGACCAGGGUCGGCCUGUGGAAAUCCUUCCCUUCCUCUACCUUGGCAGCGCUUAUCACGCAGCUCGACGGGACAUGCUUGAUGCACUGGGCAUCACAGCCCUGCUGAACGUCUCCUCAGACUGCCCAAACCACUUUGAGGGGCACUACCAGUACAAGUGUAUCCCUGUGGAGGAUAACCAUAAAGCUGACAUCAGCUCCUGGUUCAUGGAAGCAAUUGAGUACAUUGACUCGGUGAAGGAGUGCUGUGGCCGGGUCCUGGUGCACUGCCAGGCUGGCAUCUCCCGCUCAGCAACCAUCUGCUUAGCGUACCUGAUGAUGAAGAAACGUGUCAAGCUAGAGGAGGCCUUCGAGUUUGUCAAGCAGCGCCGGAGCAUCAUCUCCCCCAACUUCAGCUUCAUGGGGCAGCUGCUGCAGUUCGAGUCACAGGUGUUGGCCACUUCAUAUGCAGUGGAGGCCGUCAGCCCCUCAGGGACGCUGCGGGAACGGGGCAAGGCCACCUCCACCCCAACCUCGCAGUUUGUCUUCAGCUUCCCAGUGUCUGUCAAUGUCCAUGCCACCCCCAGCAACCUCCCCUAUCUGCACAGCCCCAUCACCACAUCGCCCAGCUGUUAGCUCAGGGCCAAGGCCAGCCGGGCAGGUAGUGCCAGGCAUGCAGGGGGCGCAUGGAGCCCUGUGAUGUUAAGCAAUACUGCCGGACACUGCCAUUCACCAUGGACUCAACAUCUUUUUCAUAGAGAAAUUUCUUACCUCAUCUUCAUUUAUUUGCUUUUGUUGUUAGGUUUUGAAAGCAUGAAGUUGUAAAAGCCACAAACCUUGACGUUUUCCAGGCUCUCUCCGAGAGGAAAAAAAUAGUAUACUGGGUUUC